GACAAACUCACUGUAAUUGCACACAAAGACUUCUUCGUGACUACACCACUAAUAAUCUUGCAUUGCCACACAUCAUCAGCACACCAGGACACGGUCUGUCUAGAAGAAUCACAGUGAAACACCAUUUCUAGCUCAACAGAAUCAUUGCAAAGGUGUAAAAGCCGGGCUGGAGGACUGACUAUAUUAUAUUAUCGCCUGUGCCAAUAGCAGUUGGCCCCCCUUUACCAUUGAGGUACUACAUUUCAGUCACUCCAAGCAACAACACGAAAAAAGUAGACAUGUUCACAGUAAAAAUCCCCAAUCAGCCCUAUUCUCUGGCUUACCGCUUGUCUACUCCUGAAAGCAAAGCAGCAGAGACCAUCGAUCCAACUUAUCCGACUGUGCUCUUCUGCCAUCCUCCUUGGGUAGACAGCUUUUUUUUCUACCCUCAGUUCGACGAUCCCGAGCUUCAUCAGAAAUAUAACUUACUUGCUAUUGAUAUGCCGGGCCAUGGGUCAUCCCAUGUCGACUUACCCCUUGCCAAGGAAUAUUCGUGGCAAAAUGCUGCCGAUGACUUUUUCCAGGCACUGAAGGCUUUAGUUAUUGGUCCUGUUCACCUUGUAGGCUCGGCGGCCGGUGGUUUGACGGCUCUGAGACUGGCACUCUCUCAUCCAGAGAUCACUGAGAGCCUGACCCUUGUUGCACCUCCUUUGGAGGACGAACCUGAGUUUGUGGAGGAAGCGUUCGAUGAAUGGCUCAAGGAGAUAGAAAAAACCAUUGCAGACAGGGACAUUGAGUCGCUCGAAUCCCUCAACACUUAUGUCUUCGACUUUUGCAGUGGUCAAGUUGGUGACCCAGCUCUGCGGGAGAUGACGGAUGAAUAUGGUCAUAUGGUACAAGCUAAAAUGGCUUCGGGCGAGCUGGAGUCUACUCUGCCUAUCUGUAACUCUUUAUUGAGAUCCAGAAAUGUGUUGCCAAGUAUGAGGGAGAUGGAAGGGAUUAACUGCCCAGUACUUAUCAUUGAGCCUAUUAACGAGCCACAACGAGCUGCCCAAACCGACUUGUAUAACAACGUUGUCGACAGUCUUAACGAGGCCGCUUUCAGGUCUGGAAAGCACGUUAAUGCUGCCAAGCAUCUACUGGAAGGUGCUGUAACCGGUCGAUGGAUCACUCUAACCAAUCCUGACCAGGUGGAUAUCAUCCUGGCAGAGUUUUUGCGUACCAAAUCGCCUGAUUCCCUUCCCUCAUCCCCCAAUCCACUUCUGACUACCUAUGUCGCCCGUCGACCAUCCACUCCAAGAGAUAUCACGGGCUUCACCAUUCUUCCCCCGCCCAAGCUUGCGUCUGGUAGAAAGACUUUGGGAGAGAUGAUGGAUGACCUCGAGAGAAAAGGACAGGCCGGUGUCAACAUUGAGGUGGAGGUCUUGGUGCAUGUGGAUGAAAGCGCAAUCUAAAGGAAGUUGCACGAAGUUGUCUCCAGUCUUGAAAACCAAUACAAAUAUAACGCCUUGCCAUGAACUUACAAUGUUUUGGGUAUAUAGAGGGGU